UCGAUCUUCCUAUAGAUAUACCCUUGUGUAUAUAUACAUACAUCGGUUGUGACUCUCAGUCCCUCUCUAUUUACUUGUAAAUUGUACAUUUGUACAAUGAAGAUCACUAUAUUUGGUAGCCAAUUUGCUAUCCUUUUCACUUUCCCUGAUAAUUUUUGAAGCAAGAGAUAGGUGAAUGAGUGAAUGAUCCAGUAAUAUGGGCCUCAGAUCUAUGCUAAAAGCUUCCAUUUUUUAACCAUCUGAUAAGGUAACUGCUUACCUGAUUGAGGAUUUGCUAACAAUUCUAGUUAUCUGAUGGAUACGAGGAAACUAACUGUAGAGACUGAGGAUUCUUUUUCCAGUUUACUUGAAUUUGCUGCUAAUAACGAUGUUGUUGGUUUCAAGAGAUCUAUUGAGUAUGAUUCUUCCGGAAUUGAUGAGGCUGCACUGUGGUAUGUUCGCAAGAAGGGUUCAAAACUGAUUGUCCAUGAGGAAAGAACGCCAUUAAUGGUCGCUGCUACUUACGGUAGUGUAGAUGUGUUGAAUUUGUUAGUUGCUCAAUGCGAGGUUGAUUUAAAUCGAUCUUGCGGGCCAGACAAGUGUACUGCACUUCAUUGUGCUGCAUCUGGUGGCUCUAUCAAUGUAUUGGAUGUUCUUAAGCUGCUUAUAUCAGCUGGUGCCGAUCCAAACAUAGAGAACUCGGACGGUGAGCGCCCAGUUGAUGUGAUUGUAUGUCAUCCAAAGCUUCUGGGUGCUAGAGCUGCUCUUCAGGAAUUGCUUAUGAACAUCUGUUCUGGUGGAUUAGUUAACGAUUAUAAUUCACGGGUAUCCGUAUCUACUUCAAAUGCAUCUUCACCCCUUCUGUCUUCUUCACCAGAUUGUAGGUCUACAUGUUCACCAUCAGACUCAGUAUCAUCUCCUGUGGCAUCGAAGUUCAACGAUGUUCCUUCUAAUUUUACAUCAGAGAAGAAAGAAUACCCAGUUGAUCCAUCGCUUCCUGACAUCAAGAACAGCAUCUACUCAACUGAUGAGUUUCGUAUGUUCUCAUUCAAGGUCCGUCCUUGUUCAAGGGCCUACUCUCAUGAUUGGACUGAGUGUCCUUUUGUUCAUCCUGGAGAGAAUGCUCGCAGAAGAGAUCCAAGGAAGUACCAUUACAGCUGUGUUCCUUGUCCUGAAUUUCGCAAGGGUGUUUGUAGGCGAGGUGACAUGUGCGAGUAUGCGCAUGGUGUUUUUGAGUGCUGGCUGCACCCUGCUCAGUACCGAACAAGGCUAUGCAAGGAUGGCACGAGCUGUGAAAGACGGGUGUGUUUCUUUGCGCACACACCGGAGGAGCUUCGCCCCUUGUAUGUCUCCACUGGGUCUGCUGUUCCUUCUCCAAGGUCAGCUGCCUCAGCUGCAAGUGUCAUGGAUAUGGCUGCUGCUCUUAGCUUUUUACCUGGCUCGCCCUUGUCACACUCUGUGAUUUCUCCUGCAUUUAAUCAGCCCAUAUCCCCAACAGCAAAUGGAAUGUUACACUCAGCUGGAGCUUGGCCCCAACAAAAUGUUCCAACCCUUCAUCUGCCUGGGAGUAAUCUCCAAUCAAGUCGGCUGAGAUCUUCCCUUAGUGCCCGGGAUAUUCCACCUGUGGAUUUGAACAUGUUGCAGGAUUUUGAUGCUCAGCAACUUGUUGGGAAUGACUUGACCCGUUUUUCACAAUCACGUUCUGCUUCUUUGAAUCGUUCUGGAUGGUCCAAGGCUUUAAGUCCUUCCAAUCUUGACAAUCUCUUUUCAGCUGAGGUCACCUUGUCUCCCAGAUACUCUGAUCAGGCAGUGGCAUCUGGGAUUUUCUCUCCAAGGCACAAAUCUGCUGCUCUUAAUCAGUUUCAGCAGCACAGCAUUCUUCCGCCAAUGACUCCUAAGGUUUUUUCUCCUAAAAAUGGUGAACACCCCUUAUUUCAGGGCUCCUUUGGUAUUUCAUCUCCAAGAAUAUCACCACGAAGUGUGGAGCCAAUUUCCCCAAGGAAUGCUCGCUUCUCUGCCUUUGCUCAGCGUGAGAUGCAGCAGCAGCAGCAUCUACACAGCGUCAGCUCCCAGGAGCUUGGAUCCAACUUUACCUCUAUUGUAAAGUCUCCUGGGAAUACUUGCUCUGAAUGGGGAUCAUCACAUCAUGGAAAAGUUGAUUGGUAUGUUAAUGGAGAUGAUCUGGGUUGUUUACAAAGAUCAUCUUCCUAUGAAGUAAAUAAUAACAACAGGGGGGAGCCUGACCUCUCUUGGGUGCAAUCUCUUGUCAAAGAAUCACCACCUGAGAUGAUGGAGAAACAUGCUGCGUCUAUUUCUGGUAAUGCGCCGUCCGGUUCUCAAAUCGAUUCUGUCGAUCAUUCGGUUUUAGGAUCUUUGCUCGAGCAGAUGCAACUUGAUCAGCUUGUAGCGUAGUAAACAUAACAUGAUUUCAUUUGCACUUGGACGAUGAAGACUUCCGGGACUACAUUUUUUUCUCAUCAUUUCUUUUGCUGGUUGGGAAGGUGAAAUAGAGAAAGGAAUGAAUGGCAACAAUGCAGUUUCAAAGACUUCCAUGGUUACAAUGGAGGCUAAAAUUGUUUUUUCCUUUUUUUUUCCUUCAAAAAAUGUAAUCAAUUUUAGUUAUUUAUUGAUUAUUACAGCAGAAUUUUUCAAUUGUAACCUGUGCUGUGUUAAAGAAACCUAGUUCAUCUUGGACAAUGAUUUAUGUA